AUGUCAGCCAAGAGCUUCAGCAUAGUCACAGCUGCUGCAAUGCUUAUUCUCUUCCAAAAGACACAGCUCUCAGUGCAAGCACCGUUAAAUGGAUCUAAGUGGUCUUACAUUGGUCCUGAUGGAGAGAAAACUUGGCCCAAGAAGUAUCCAUUUUGUGGAGGAGUAUUCCAGUCUCCAAUAGAUUUUCAUAAUGAUAUCCUCCAAUAUGAUACCACUCUCUUACCUUUAGAGCUUGUAGGCUACAAUGUGUCCUCCACUGACCACUUUAUGUUGACCAAUAAUGGUCAUUCAGUAAGAAUGAGUCUGUUUCCUACCAUGCACAUCAGAAACCUCCCUUUCCAAUACACUGCAACUCAGCUUCACCUUCACUGGGGAAAUAGGAACAAGCCAGAAGGCUCAGAGCACACAGUCAGUGGGAGGCAUUUUGCAGCAGAGCUACAUAUUGUACAUUAUAACUCUGACAAAUAUCCCGAUGUAACAGCAGCAAUAGACAAAUCAGAUGGGCUAGCAGUUUUGGCUAUUCUCAUUGAGAUAGGCCCAUUCAAUCCAUCCUAUGAAAAGAUCUUCAGUCAUUUCCAGAACGUGCAGUACAAAGACCAGGUAGCUCUAGUCCCAGGUUUUGACAUCCAAGAACUGCUUCCUGACCAACUGGAUGAGUAUUAUCGCUAUGAAGGAUCCCUGACCACUCCUCCUUGUUACCCUAGUGUUCUCUGGACAGUUUUCCGACACCCGGUAAAAGUUUCAGAAGAACAGCUGCUGGCACUGGAAACAGCUCUGUACUGCACACAACCCAAUGAUCCCGCACCCCUGGAAAUGGUUAAUAACUUCAGGCACAUUCAGAAGUUCGAUGAAAGGCUGGUUUCUGUCUCCUUCCGUCAAGAUUCAGUAUAUGGUGGACUGAGCACGGGUGUUGUCCUUUCAGUUGUGUUAGCCAGUGUUUUUGGAGUUAUCAUCAUGCUUGCAGUAGCCUUUUGGCUGCUUAGGAAGAAGAAGAGUUGCAAAAAGGAACGAGAAGACAACAGAAGAGUCAUCUACAAGCCAGCCUUUGACAAAGAGGAUGACAACACCUCUAAAAUAUGAAUUCCUACUCUGCCACAGCAGUCUCUUUUCAUUCAUGGCAUCAAGAGAAGUUUGCCUUGGGCAACAUGUUUCUUGUCUCCAGCCAGUUAUAAGCCUUGGAUGCACCUUUAAAACAAAGCAGCCAGAACACUCUGUGGUAGUCCUUGCCCAGCUGAACCAAACCAGUUUUCUCCUAAGCAUGAAAAGCAGUCAGAGAACUUUUUUGUUUUUGUGUCAAAUAUGACAAAAUGUUACUGACAUGAAGAAAGGUCCAAAAACUACACACCUGUUAAAGUUUGUCCUAAAUUACCUGGAGCAAGCAAUUUUAUCAAAUGCUUGUCUAUUUGCACAAGAGUUUAGAGAGAUGUAA